CUUCAAUGAACACCCACCGUGGUGACGCAAGAGAAACUUCAAGCCCAUCCAAUCAGCGCCCACGUCAGGGCCACCGCUCAGAUUUACCCAGUCAGCACCGGUCUCAGAUCUACCCAAUCAGCAACCCCCUCCAGUCAGGGGGCGGGGCCUCGUUACCCCAGGAUUCCCCAGACUUCCGAGGUCGGUCCUGGUGGGGGGCGUGGCCACAGGCUUAGAGGCGGGACUUCCUAUUCAGCUGGCUAUAAAGUCGGUGGUGUGCCGGCCUUUCCGACGGAGCCGGUCGGGCAGCGUCGCUCUGGUUCUGUGGUUCUGUGUGGUGCGGCCGGUCGCGUCUGCGUCUUCGUCGUCCUUCCGCCUGGCGAUGGCGACGUACACCUGCAUCACCUGCGGGCUGGCGUUCGGCGACGCGGAGUCGCAGCGGGCCCACUACAAGACGGACUGGCACCGCUACAACCUGCGGCGGAAGGUGGCCGACAUGGCCCCGGUGUCGGCCGAGGGCUUCCAGGAGCGGGUGUGGGCGCAGCGCGCCUUGGCGGAGCAGCAGAGCAAGGGCACGGCCACCUACUGCACCGUGUGCAGCAAGAAGUUCGCGUCCUUCAAGGCCUACGAGAACCACCUGCAGUCCCGGCGGCACGUGGAGCUGGAGAGGAAGGCGGUGCAGGCCGUGAACCGCAGAGUGGAGCUCCUCAACGAGAAGAACUUGGAGAAGGGGCUGGGCGUGGACAGCGUGGGCAAGGAUGCCAUGAACGAGGCCAUCCAGCAGGCCAUCAGGGCGCAGCCGUCCCCCAAGAAGGCCGCCCCGGCGGCGCGGGAGGCGGCCAGGCGCCCAGGGGAGACGGCCGAGGCGGGACGGGCCCCUCACCACCGAGACGCGCCCGAGAAGUCUCCCAGGCUCCAGUGGUUUGAACAGCAGGCGAAGAAGUGGGCGAAGCAGCAGGAGGAGGAGGACAGCGAAGAGGAGGAGGACCUGGAUGGAGACGAUUGGGAAGAUAUCGAUUCUGAGGAAGACUUGGAAUGUGAGGAGGCUGCGGAAGCAGAGGAGCAGGAGGAGGGGCACGAGGAGGGGCGCCCCGAGGGGCGCCCCGGGGAGCACCCGCCUGGCGCCAUCCCCAUCACCGACUGCCUGUUUUGUUCCCAUCACUCUAGCUCCCUCGUGAAAAAUGUGGCUCAUAUGACUAAAGUCCACAGCUUCUUUAUUCCUGACAUAGAGUAUCUUUCGGAUCUUAAGGGACUGAUCAAAUAUUUGGGAGAAAAAGUUGGUGUUGGGAACAUUUGCUUGUGGUGCAAUGAGAAAGGGAAAUCCUUUUACUCCACGGAGGCUGUCCAGGCACACAUGAAUGACAAAAGCCACUGUAAGCUCUUCACAGAUGGUGAUGCUGCUUUGGAAUUUGCAGAUUUCUAUGAUUUUCGGAGUAGCUACCCAGACCACAAGGAAGGUGAGGACCCUGAUGAGACUGAGGAAUUGUCAUCAGAAAAGGGCUUGGAGUAUGAUGAUGAAACCAUGGAAUUAAUUCUGCCUUCUGGUGCCCGCGUGGGUCACCGCGCCCUGAUGCGGUACUACAGGCAGCGCUUCGGCGCGUCCAGAGCCGUGGCCGUCGCUAGGAACCAGAAGGCCGUGGGCCGGGUGCUGCGGCAGUACAGAGCCCUGGGCUGGACCGGCGGCACAGGGGCAGCGCUGAUGCGAGAGCGGGACAUGCAGUACGUGCAGAGGAUGAAGUCCAAGUGGAUGCUGAGGACGGGCAUGAAGAACAACGCCACGAAGCAGAUGCACUUCAGGGCCCAGGUGCGCUUCUGAGGCCCGGAGGAGCGAGCUGCCGCCGCCUCUCCGAUCGUGCUGGCCCCGCCGUCAUCAGCAGCCUGACCAGUAAUAAAAGUCAGGACAGUGCCGCC